UAAGCCAUGCGGUUUAGCUUGAUCAUCUUUGUUGUGCUCCUGGCUAUCCUUUCCCUCACGCUGGCUCAAGUUUCCUAUGAAGACUGCUGCCUGAGGUAUGUGUCAGGUGUUAAGAAGUCCACCAAGAAAAUGGUAACCAGCUACAGAAGACAGGAAAUGGAUGGAGGCUGUAACAUUCCUGCCAUAGUGUUCAAACUGAAGCGAGGCCGACAGUUCUGCGCUGACCCCAGACAAAAAUGGGUGGUGGAACUGAUGUACAAAGUUAACAGGAAGGGAGACAGGACAGAUAAGAGAAAGGUAAUCACACGACAGUAA